AUGGGCUGCUUCGGAUUCUUCUCCAACAAGAAGAAGGCCGCCGCCAGGGCUGAAGAAGACCGUCGCAUGAGGGAGGAAGAUGAAAAGCGACGCAAGCUUCAGGAAGAGGAGGAUGCAGAACGGCGACGUAUUCACGAAAGUGUGAAACAACAAAGUUCCACUGGCACUACCGCAAAAGCCACACCCGCAUAUAAAGCUAUUUCGCCGCCGACAUCUUCAUAUAAUCGGUCAUACAGAACCAAUGGGUAUUCUGGGACCUUCGCCGGUGGAGGUGGUGGUGACUCUGGCGGAGGUUCCUACGGUGGUGAUUCGGGAGGUGGUAGCAGUGGAGGAGGCGGUUGCAGUGGAGGCGAUGGCGGCGGCGGCGGUGGUGAUGGUGGGGGUGGAGGUGGUGGUGGUGGAGACUAA